AUGGCCACGAAUGCUGAAGAGUCUGGUACCUCAAGUUGGUACCGUGUCCCCACCUGGUCGGGGAACCCCGCCGAAUGGCGGCAGUUCCGCCGUGAAAUGAAUUGGUGGAUCGCUAGCCUGGAUGUUGAGAGUUGCAAGAAGUUCAACGUCGCUGCAAGAUGGGCACUCAGGCAGCAUGGAGUUGUCAGGGCUAGAUGUGAAGAAUUUGACCCUGCCGAGUUGGCAGGAGCGGUUGAAGAAAGCAUGGAAGACCCUGACACCAAAGAGAAGGUCAUUUUGACCGCUGCUGACCCUUUUGCAGGUCUCCACAAGCUCAUGGCCGCGCUCGAAGCAACAGUUGGAAAGUCCUCUUUGGAUCGAAAAGGUCCUCCACCUCGACAAGCGUUGGUGAUUGAGCCCCAGGACGAUGAGUUCAAUGGGCAUGAACUGGAGGAAGAAGCCGAGUUGAUUCCUGCAGAUGAGGCAGAGAGUUCGCCUGUCCCUCAGUCUUUGGAAGAAGUGUUGCAAGCAGAAGCUGAAUGCCUUGCUAGCGAGAUCCAAGAGCUCGAGGAGCAGGGUUGUGAGCCGGCGAUGCUGGAUGAUUUGGAGUCCGGUCUUGAGCAAGCCGCUGAAAGUUUGGUCACGAUGCGGGAAGCCAGAUCCCGCAUUGCUGAAGUGAAGAAAGAUAGAGGUUAUGGAAAAGCCUCCAGCUAUGCUCCAAAGACCAAGCCGCAUGGCAACCAGGUUCCUCGACAGAAAGCCAACACAAAGUGUUUUGAUUGCGGAGAACCUGGGCAUUGGGCUGGUGACGCAGCAUGCAGCAAGCCGGGAGCAGGUCUUGGAAAGCCAAAAGGCCGUGGUAAAGGCAUUGGACCUCCUCCUGCAGCAAAACAGGUUCGUGUGACAGAAGCACUCAACACUGAGCACCUUCCGGAAGAGCCUUUGUUGGAAGAGGCCUCAACUGGCCAUGAAGUGUUGAUGGUGACCACAGACACCUUCCAGCUUUCCCUGUCGGAAGUGCUCGCUCAAUCCAACGAACUUGUUGCACCGAACCCUCGCUUGGCAUCGGACAAACGUUUUGUUGGUGCGCUGGACAGUGCGUGCAAUCGUACAUGUGCCGGCAGUUCAUGGCUUCGAUGGUAUUUGGAAUCCCUCAAAGAAGCACCCCAAGCAGUACAAGAUUUGGUUUUGCAGGUCCCCGAAGAUGAGUUGUUCCGGUUCGGCAACGGCGGCACCAAGAAGUCCAACGUCCGGUAUCGGUUGCCCAUGAUGGUUGGAAGCACCCUCAUCGUGGUUUGGGUAUCCAUUGUGCCGGUUGCAUCCCUAGGUCUAUUGCUGGGCCGUGAUUUCCUCUCCGGGAUCGGGGCCGUGAUGUCGUUCGCCCGGAAGAAGAUUAGAGCUGACCUCGUGAACGGUGGAGAGCUCUUAGACAUGGGUCAACUUGCUGCAGGCCACUUCACCUUGCCGAUGCGCCCGACUACCUCAUGGAAAUGUCCGGGCACUCAAAGAUGGCGUAGUUUUGGUCAGGAUGGUGUUGUCGAAAUGCAACUUAGCAGUUUAGAGUGGUGGCAGAAGCGUUUGCAGUUUCGUUUGUCUCAUUUUGAAGAUGUUGCACCUCCUUCGACAACCUCCCAUGAGCAUCUGGUCACCGAGAGCUCGAUGUCGGCAAUGGCUCAAGCUAUGAAGGACCAGAUGGCCUCUCCAGUGAUCGUGCACGACAUGACCGAAGAGACCUCUCGCACGAUCGGGCGAUGGCGGCGCAUGAUUUUGCGCCUGCGCGCCAAGGCAGAUUGGCGCGCCCAUGGAUUGCUCUUGUGGUUGCUGCAGCGGCCUCAGCUGCGCUAUGCACCGUUCCCCUAUCCAAGCAUUCAGCAUGUCAAGCAAUGGGAAGACCAAGCGGUCGCCAUGACCCUCCAGCAACCAAAGGCUAUCAUGCACUCUCACUGGCAACGCGGUCGAGUGAACCAGGUCUACACCGCCAAGAACCUGCUGGAACUUGGCCAGUUUCGCAAUCGAGUGGGCCUGCAGUUCGCCUUCAUGGAGGACGUUUUGCUUCAAGGAAUGCUUGCAGCAAGGGCCAACAAGGGGGUAGCCUCUCAGUUGAAGAAAGAGGCCAUUCAAGAGGCUCAGAUCGAAGCCAAGACCCUGUCGCUGAAGGGAGAACGAGAAGAAGCAGCUCGACAGUUGAUUGGACCGAAAGGAGGCCUGCCAUCCUUGAAGGCCGACCUUGUACGUCUCGCCACUCUUCUACAGGUCCCAGUCGAGCCCAAGAUGACCAUCGAGCAGCUGAAACUCGCUUGCAAGCCAGUAGUGAACGAGUUGAUGCAGAAGCCCAAGUCCCACACGGGCGCAACCAGUUCCACAGACCCUCCAAUGAUCGGAGUCAAGGCCAAGCCAAAGCCUUCAACAGCACCGCCAGCUAUGGAAGCCGCCCGUCGUUUGGACGCUCAGCAGUCACUCUCCGUGCAGGACGUUCACGAGUUGAUGGCAGCUCAAGAUCAGAAGUUCCAGACGAUGCUCAACCAGGUCCUGCAGCAUGUGACGACUCAGCCGGCUCCCAAGGCUUGGUGCGGACAUCCGAUGUUGUCAGGAUGGGACCGUCCAGAUGCAGAGAUGCCGGAGGGCGAAUAUGGUUGGUCGCAAGCGGAGAUCCAGCAGAUGAACGGAUCUUUGAGUGACUUGGCAUCCAAUCCAUGGCGCUUGCGUCAAGACGUCAAGCCAGGGCAAGCGCAGUUGAUCUCUCAAGCUUGGGAUCAACACUGCCGAGACCGCCGUCUCGUGUCUCUCAGUGCCAAAGAGGUCAAUGAGAUCUAUGAGAUGGAUUGGGAUGACUGCUUGACGAAAGCCCAAAAGGAUGUGUUUGUCACCUCCGUCCUUCUUGGCUCCAAUGAGGCACUCUUCUCAGAGAAUGAGGCUCUUGUGAACGCCGAGGUCCCUGAGAAUGACAAGCGCAAUCCGAAUGUCAACAAGUUCAAGAAUGACUCGGGCAAGUUCGUGAAGCCCAAGUCCCUUGUGGGUGAGGUGUACACCACCACAGAAAGAGUGACAAAAGCAGCCAAGCAACGAGGACAUGUGACCGGAACUCCUUUGUCCUUUGAAACUGGUUGGAACUUCCUUCGCAGCUUAGACAGAGAAGUUGCUCGAAAGUUGCUGGCAAAAGAGGUGCCUUUCUUUUUGGUGAUUGCCUUCUCCUGUAGUUUUUGGAGCAUCCUGCUGAACCUCAACCCGCCAAAAGACUAUGAGAGGCGCUUGGAAGAAGCUUUGACCUUGCUUCGCUUUGCGCUUCAAUUGGCUCGAGAUCGACGAGUUCGAGGGCAUCAUUUUGUUUUGGAGAACCCACAGAGUUCACGUGCUUGGACUCUGGAAGAGAUGAAGAAAGCCUUACAUGAACUUGAGGAAACCCGCUUCUACAUCGUGCGCGCGAUCGACUUUGUCUCUCGCCUUCAGAUGGCAGAGUUGGUUGACCACAAGUCUUCGGACCGGGGCAUCAUCAGAGCUUUGGUGAAGUCCCACUCCGUCUACGGGCGAGAUGACGUGGACAUUUGUGUUCAAGAGGCCGUGGCAGCGUACAAUGGAGAUAUGAUGGAUUCGGGAGUGGCAAUUCGCGAGACAGCUCGACUGGCUAUGCUGCGCAUGAUGACGUUGACCUACCAGCUCCUCCUGAACCAGAGCUUCCAGUGGUGGCCAGAGAACCAAGUGACCUACCUCCUCUACGCCCUCAAGAAAUGGUUGCGGGAAUGUCCCGAGCUAUGUGCUGCGGCUGAAGUGUUAGCUGUCCUCACGGCCAGGAAGGAGAAGAACUGGAACUCGUUGACCGAGUUUGAGAAAAAGGAGUUCCGAGCAGCAGCUCAGAAAGGUUGGUUCGUCAUGGUGGACAAGAACGACGGCCUGAGAACAGAGAAGAACCAGCUCCCGCUCUUGGCGAACGCUCGCCUGGUGGUCCCCGGUUACCAGGACAUCUCCGCUUAUGGCAUUCGAUGCGACGCUCCAACCGCAUCCAGGACAAGUCAACACUUGCUUCUAGCUUACACUGCUUCCCUGCAAUGGACGCUAUGGUCAGCAGACAUCAAAUCAGCUUUUUUGAAGGGUGAAGAGUUUGGUCCAGAAGAGCGUGUGCUGUACCUCGCCAACAUAAAGACCAAGCAUGCAGAUGAACCUACCUUGCCUUUUUCCUCUUUCGGCCUCUGCCGAGUAAAGAAGGGCAUUUUUGGUUUGGCUGACAGUCCUCGCAGAUGGUACCAGCGCUUGAACAAGGCAGUUCUCAAGCGAGGCUGGAAGUUGUCAGCUUUGGACAACGCCAUGUGGAUGUUGUGGAGCAACGAUGGCUCUACCUUGGAGGGGAUCAUGAUUUCCCACGUGGAUGACUUCCUCAUGGGUGGCAACUCAAGAGCUCAAGGAACGUUAGAAUCCUUGGGUGCAGAAUUGGGCUUUGGAUCCAUUUCCAGCCAGUCCUUCGUCUACUGCGGCAAAAAGAUAGAGCAGUUGCCUGAUGGAACCAUCUCCGUCACCAUGGACGAGUACCACUCCAACCUGCAACCUGUUCGCAUUGCUCCGGAUAGGAAGAAGAAGCCGGAAACCCCAUUGUGUCCUUCAGAGCACAAGCAACUCCGUGCUGUUCUGGGAUCACUGCAAUGGUUGGUUGCGCAAAUCCGUUAUGAUGUUGCUUUCCAGCUCUCUAGCCUACAAGGUGAAUCUGCACACCCGACGAUUGGCACUCUGCUUCGUGCAAAUCAGCUUGUGAGAAAGGUGAAAGAGAAUCCCAACUUUGCUUUGAAGUUCCGCCCGAUGAACCUAAAAGACGCUGGCAUCGUUGUCGUUUCUGACGCCUCCUUGGGCAACAUGACCAAGGCCGGAACCGCUCAGGGUGAGAGCUUGGAGAAAGUCUACAGCCAGGCCUCUUACUAUGUGCUUCUGGCGGAUCGCAAGUUGUUGGAUGGCCAGCCAGGCCAAUUUGCCAUCUUAGACGCGAGGUCGCACAGACUUCAACGCGUCUGUAGAUCCACCUUUGCUGCAGAGCUCAUGGGCAUUGAAGAAGCAAUGGACGCAGGGCAAUACUGCAGAGGAGUUGUGGCAGAAGCAUGUGGACAUCCGUUGGACAAGAAACCCUUCGAGCUGAGCACAGACUCGAUCUCCAUGGUCAUUGUCACUGACUCAAAGGAUGCCUAUGACAAGAGCUCCAGUUCAACCCCGUCCUAUGGAUCGCAGAAAUCCUUAGCCUUCACAAUAGCAUGGAUUCACACCAUGUUAGCCCGCAGCAACACCAUGAUCCGCUGGACCUCGACAGAAAACCUCUUCGUCGAUUGCGGAACGAAGGAGAUGGACAAUGCUCAGUUGCUCCGCAUCAUGGACGAGUGUCGCUGGUGCAUUAGUUACUCGCCCAGCUUUGUUAAACAAAGUUCGAAAGGCAAAUCCGCCAAAAAGGUGGUCCUGACUGAUGUUCGUAGUGACCUUGGGGAACCUUUUGAAAGUACAGACCCCAUUUUCGGCCAUGUGAUGAAGUUGAGUAAGCAAGCUGGUUGGCACCGAGUGUCUGAUGACCUUGCCAUUCAUGUUUGUUUGAACGCUCGCUCCUACCGAACUCCGGAGCCUCGUUUCAAGCAAGCUGAGCUUCCCUUUCGCACCACCUUUGCAUGUUUUGAAGGUGCACAUGCAUUGCAGUGGAGACGCCUUGAAGACGGCGUGAAGAUGAGCGAACUUCGAAAUGUUCGCGGACCUCUAGGAUUGAACGCGGCAAUCCUGGUCACGUGCUUCAGCAGGGUUUUUCGCAUUGAGAGCUCUUCUGCAUGGGCGAUGUACACUGCACGCAGGAGCGCCAUUCUACGAGGAAGGCGGCACAGUGACGAGUUUCCCCGAGUGCUUCCAAACCUCGGAGAAGAAUUGGAUCCACGUGCCAAUGAGCAAAUCUUGCUCUAUGGUACGACCGUGGAGAUGGCGGAGCUUACACAGCUCAAUGCGCAGGUUCCGGACACUCCUGAUUGUCCUAGACAUGUCUUACUGCGGCGCUUUGGGGGUGGUGCCCAAUUCUGCGACAGAGGCUUUCUUGCCCACGAGCAAGCAACCGAAGCUGGUUACAACAAGGAGAAUCUGGAUAGCCCUUGGGCUGUGCUGGUUUGCCGUGUUUUGCUUGGGAGGUCUUUGAUCCACAAUGGCCAACAUGCUGGCCCCCGGCUGCACCGCGAGUGGGGGAGCGGCAUGUACAGCUCCAUCACAAUACAACUUGACCGCCAUCGAGAGUUUCUGUUGCCGCCUGACGUACGUGCGGGCGCUUAUCCGGAGUAUGUGGUCAUAUUGCGUUGA